AUGGCGCGUCGCUACGAUUCCCGAACCACGACCUUCUCGCCGGAAGGGCGUCUCUACCAAGUUGAAUACGCACUGGAGGCAAUCAACAACGCUUCUUCCACUCUCGGGAUUCUUGCGCAAGAUGGAGUGGUCCUCGCUGCAGACAAAAUGGUCACUUCCAAGCUUCUCGACCAGGGAAGAACCAAGGAAAAGAUCUACAAGGUCGAUGACCACGUCAUGUGCGCCGUUGCAGGCCUAACUGCAGAUGCAAACAUUCUGAUCAGCCAGGCUCGCCUGAUCGGACAGCGCUACCUCUACGCGUACGACGAGCCGCAGCCGAUUGAGCAGCUGGUGCUUCAAAUCUGUGACGUCAAGCAAUCGUACACUCAGUUCGGUGGUCUGCGCCCCUUUGGAGUGAGCUUCCUCUUUGCUGGAUGGGAUCGUCACUACGGCUUCCAGCUCUACCACACGGACCCCUCAGGCAAUUACUCUGGGUGGAAGGCGACAGCUAUUGGCGUCAACAGUCAGUCGGCGCAGUCGAUUCUGAAACAGGAGUGGAAAGAGGACUUGGACGUUGACGCAGCUUUGCUGUUGGCCGCCAAGGUACUGAACAAAACGAUGGACACGGGAGCCCCGAGUGCAGAAAAACUGGAGAUCGCGAUUGUGAGGAAAGACCCGGCUGAUGAUUCGCGUCUGAUUCAGCGCGUGCUGACAAACGAAGAGGUUACUGCACUCAUCAAAAAGGCUCAAGAGCUCCAGGCUGAAGAACAGACGCCGUAG